AUGGAUGUUCUUCCCGGUAUGGCUUGUCUUCCUUCUCUGAAAGAUUUGCAGCUAGGCUUAGAUGGAGAAUCUCUUGGACGGCUUCUCUCUGUUUGCCCUCUUCUUGAAAACUUACUGGUGGAUUUUUGUAGCCGCUAUGCGAGACCCUACACUGUCGGAAAAAUCAUUGUCAGGUUCCCGUCGUUGCAGAGUUUAGCUCUUUCAAUGGCUAAUGAGUUCGAGGUAGAUAGGUUAGAAAUCGAUGCUCCUGCUUUGAAAGUCUUGUCGGAUCAAUCCAAUCUGUCAAGCGUCUCACAAUAUGUUCAAAGGCUCCGUAAUUGCUUAGAGCGUUCGUCUACGCUGCUUUCUCGGUUGCUCACAGAUUCUCCUAACUUACGAGUUCUCAACAUCUUUCAAAUGACAGGGCAUUACGACAAUGAUAUGGUUCUAUGGGAUCGACCUAGUCAUGUUCCUGCAUGUUUUGAGUCCAGCCUAAAGACUUUCAUCUGGUCAGAAUACUUGGGAAGACAGCAAGACAGAAAAAUUGCGGUUUACAUCUUGAGACGGGCUUCUCUCUUGAAGACUGCAAGAUUCUCGUCUGAUGAUAACAGAAUUCCAAAGCUGAAGAUGCUCAAGGACUUAUCAGAUGAAGUACCAUCAUCAUUUGAUCACCAAGGCUUUGGAUCACUGUUAGAGCCGAAACUACCUCGACACUGGUGUGACAAUAGACUUACUGGUAUAGCUUUAUGCGCAGUUAUAUUGUUUCCGGACAACCAAGAACAUCAAAGCAAUCGUUUCUUGGUGAAAUGCACUUGUGAGUUUGAAAGUAAAGAUGGGCCAUGUAUCAGUUUUACUUCAAUCGUUGGUGGUUGGAGCGUAGCAGGCGAUGAGCCACGCAAGAUUGAGUCUGCUCAUGUUUUUAUUGGAUAUACAAGUUGGCUAGAUAUCAAAAAACGCCACGUGGAGAACCAUGGGAAAGGAUGUAUUCCUUCUAAGGCUUCACUCAGAUUUCAGGUGACUGAUGGUGCAAGCGAGGUAGCAAGAUGUCAAGUGCUGAAAUGUGGCUUUAGUUUGGUGUAUACACCAAACGAUGUUGAUGAUAUUUCUUGGGAGACAAUUGGUGAUAUCGCUCUCAUGAAGAAGGAGAAGGACGUAGACGAUGGAAAUUCAAACAAACAUCCAAGAAAUGAUUAUAGCUUCUGGAAUCAAUUAAACUGUUGUGCGACUUCGAGAAGGGUUGAAUGUGAAGAGCUUGCAGAAGCAAACAUCUCCAGAACUUGUUUUCUUGAUUAA